UAAAGUCGUCCCCUCCACCUCAACCGUCUGCUAUCGUCAAACGCUUUUUUUUUUUUUUUUUUUUGCGAUAGCUCUGAAAUAACGUUAAAGCUGCAUCGAAAAUGCCGAGUGGCAGAAACUUUAGGAGGAGAAGGGACUCGUCGGAUGUGGAGGAGGAUGAAACAACCAAAGAAGUCAGAGCUAAAGUAAGUGAGGCUAAAGAGCUUCAGAGUUUGCGGAAACGACAGACCGGAGUCAGUGUGACCGCGCUGUUGGUAGGAGAGAAACUGCCACCAGAGUCUGAGAUGGAUAAUGAUCCUUUUAAACUGAAAACUGGAGGAGUUGUAGACAUGAAGAAAGUCAAAGACAGGAAUAGGGACAUGACAGAAGACGAGACAGACCUCAACCUGGGCACUUCCUUUUCUGCUGAAACUAACAGAAGAGACGAGGAUGCGGACAUGAUGAAAUAUAUUGAGACAGAGCUGAAAAAGAAGAAGGGUUUGGUGGAAGCUGAGGAACAGAAAGUUAAGGUGAAGAAUGCAGAGGACCACCUGUAUGAGCUGCCCGAGAGCAUCCGAGUCAAUUCUGCCAAGAAGACCGAAGAGAUGUUAUCCAAUCAGAUGCUGAGUGGGAUUCCUGAAGUCGAUCUUGGCAUUGAUGCAAAGAUAAAGAACAUUAUCUUCACAGAGGAGGCAAAAGCCAAACUUCUGGCAGAACAGAGGAACAAGAAGAAAGACAACGGGACAUCAUUUGUACCCACCAACAUCGCUGUGAACUAUGUCCAACACAACCGCUUCUAUCACGAGGAUGUGAAUGCACCACAGAGGCACCACAGGCACAGAGAAGAGCCCAAAGCAAGGCCACUACGUGUGGGAGACACUGAGAAACCAGGUCCAGAGGCAUCGUCACCACCGAACUACCGCAAACGUCCAAAUAACGAAAAGGCCACAGAUGACUACCAUUAUGAGAAGUUCAAGAAGAUGAAUCGACGUUAUUGAGGAGCUGGAUGCAUUGUUUUUUUUAAAGGUUAAAUUAGUCAACUGGAUGUCCAUCUUUGUAAAGAUUGCAGACUGGUUUUCUCAAACAACGAUCAAUCAGAGGACUCCCAAGAAAGUGUUGUGCUUUGUAAAGUUUGUAAAUAGCUCUCUGUGGUUAUCUGUCUACAGUUCAUUUGCUUUGUGAUGUGUUGUUAAAGGAAGAUUCCACAUUAUUGAAUCCAGGUUGUCUGAUGACCAAAUUAGACUAGAAUCUGUUAAGGAAUAACAUAAGAAAUUUUGAUUGAGAGGUCUUAUGAGAACUUUGCUUUUUAGUUCACUGUUAAGUUUUGACUUUUAGUUGUAGAUUUGUAUCUUUAGAUCUUUCAAAAACAUCUUGAAUUAAAAACAUAAAACCAUCA